AUGCAGAUAGCCUUGGACAGAUCAGACCCUGUCUAUAAUGGGAACAUCAACCCUCCCAAGUGCACGUUCAACAAUUUUGUUGGAUCAUCUCGUGAGUUUAUGUCAUCAGAGGAAGAAGUGCCCCAUCACACUUUUAAUCUCCCUUCGGAACGGAACAUCCAUGCGGUGGUUCGAGGAGUUCCCGUCAACUUUUCGGAUACUGAGAUUAAGGGAGAACUGGAGCAGAGGGGAUAUAGCCCUCUUCACAUCAUUCGAUUGAAGCGCAGCGGCGGCGCGCCCAUGCCUUUGGUGGUCGUGAUACUGCCCAAGACUGAAAAGUCUCAGCAAGUGUUCAACGAACACGAACUGCUGGGACUGGCCAUUCAAGUUGAGGUUCAGAAGAACUCCAGACUCAUUGGGCAGUGUCACCGCUGCCAAAAUACGUUAAGAGUACAUAAGGUACUUGCACAGUAUCCACCUCUUACAAUGACGAAACUGUUGAAUCUCUUUCAUAUAGACUUCAUAGUAUACCAACUGGAACGUCAAACAUGCAGAGAAAUUGUUUUCAAGGAGUUUCCUUAA